GUCGCGCGUGUUUCUCGAUUUUGCGUCUGUGAUUCUACUACUAUAUUCAUUUUGUACACGAAAUAGAACUGCGUGUCUUUGCGAGAGAAAGAAAGAAAGAAAGUAGAAAAUCGAAGAGCAGAAAAAAAAACAACAACAGCAGUAGCCGAAGAGAGAGAGAGAGAAAGAGAGAGAGAGAGAGAGAGAGAGAGAGAGUGAGAAGCGAAGAACACAUAUAUGAAGCUGCAACCAAAAAUAAAUCCUCGAACUAAAAUCAGUUGCGCGCUGUGUGUUUCAUUUUCACAAUUUGGGUUUAGUUCACAAAUAUUCAGUGUACUGCAAUCGCUUGUGUUAGUUACGUGUUUUUUCCUCUCGCCAUCCACUGCUAAGUUUAAACGAAGUGAAAUUUACGAAUAAAAAAAACAUAUUGUGCAACGCGCCGCACAGAGAGCAAAAGCAAAACGAGAAAAAAACAACAACAACAACAACACAACCAACUCCUCUUAACACAUGUGCAUUGUAUGAAAAUUGUGGUGCUGUUGCGACAGUCAAAAAGUGCGCUUUGUUGGAAAACAUUUUUAGUGUGUAGUGUUUUGUGUGUGUGGUGUUUUUUUUUUCUUCGCUGACACAAAAUAAAUGAAAUUACAACAAGAUCUUGUUUGGACGAAAAUAUAUACACCAACAAUAGUAAAGCAGCAGCAGCAGCAGCAGCAGCAGUGCAACAUGAAGGAUACAAUAAAAACCAGAGGAUAUUCGGAAUCUCUAUUUCACGGCGCCCCGAUUUCAACACACAAUAUCAUUGCGUUUGAUUUCCAUAGUUAAGUCUUGUGUACGGUGCGCUGUUGGAUUUGUGUUUGUUUUUUUGUUGUUUCAUCUUCACUCGGUGUGUUUCAUGUUCAUGAACCCGAUCAUUGCUAAGACAAAUAACAGCCGGACGAUGUCAACAUAAAUUGGAUCUAAAUCUGAUAAUCAACGCAAAUCCACUCGAAUAAUUUGGUUGGAAGUAGGACACCGAGAGACACAUAGCAAGCGAGAGAUGCGCACAUAAAUAAACAGACAGACACACACACACACACAGCAAAUGACAAAUGGAAGUGAAAUAUUUCAAUGCUAACGGAACGAAGUUUAUGAAUUAUUGAUUGGCAAAACCAAACUAAAUUGAAACAGAAAUAGAAAAGAAGAAUAAAACAAAAAUAGGAAAAGUCUCGUGUUUGUGAAAAUGCUAAGUGCUGAAUCGCGUAACAGAACAAAUAGCAGUCCCCGAAGAGGACUCCGAAAGAUGAAGUGAAAACGGAAAAGAAAGAGAAAGAGAGAGAGAGAGUGAGAUAAACUCCAUAAAGAAAUUAACGUAACGACAAAAAUAUAGGACAAACGUGUUUGUGUGCGUGUUUUUGACAAACAAAAAUAAUAAGCCGAAAGAGAGAAAUUAUCAGAAAAUAUUUGGUGAAAAUUUGCGAACAAUUAUAUAUAGAUAUAAAUGAAGGCAAAAGAAAACGUGAUUGCAUUCCGUGAAAAGUGCUAACAAAGUGUGAUCGAAAGUUCUGUGUUGGUGUUUAACAAGUGAGAGAGAGAGAGAGAGAGAGAGUAAGUGAGGGACAGAGAGAAAGAGAAAGACAAGAACAAAAUCCCCCUGACGAUUAAAUUAUUCAGAGAGCAAAGCGACAUCGACAGAGACGUCCCAAACGAACACAAGGAUUUUAUACAAUAGACGAACGUGGAUUACGUUCGCGAAACCUAGAACGAGAACGAGGAAAAGAGAGAGAGAGAGAGAGAGAGAAAGUGCCGAUAAUGACGACAGUUAUUUGGUACAAUGAGAUUAUGCAUUCGACGAAAAUGUCAUGUAAUUGAUCUCAGUGUGUCUGUCGUAACGCCAUUAUUGAUAUCGGAACCAAAAUAUGCCGCGAUUAACACGUUAUUUGAUCGUUUGGUUCGUUUGUGGCGUAAUCGGUGUGAUAAUUGGGCCAGUGUGUGGUGAACAUUGGGCAAAUGGAACUGGUUCGCAACCGAUGCGAACACGAGACCGUCAACAUCAUCAUCAACAGAAGCAGCAACAACAACAGCAACAGCAGGAUCAAAGCCAAUAUCAGUACGUGUUUUCGAAGCCAGCAAAUAAACAACAAUCGAACCGUGGCCGAGGUAACAACGGUUUGAACGAAUUGCGACGCAAUCUAACACAACAGAAACUCUAUGAGCGUCAAGGUGACGAUCCCGAUCAUAAUACAGUGCCACGCACUAAUUCAAUUUACCUAAUCCACCAGAAAAUCCAACAAAGUGACUUUGCAAAUCGUCGCAAUGACGAUGGCCAAGAUUCAAAUGCGCAAGCUGAGGAGGCGGCAGGGAUUCGGUGUAAUUUCGAAACGGAAUGCCAUUGGAAAUGGGACAAAACACAAAAUGACACAUUUCAAGUGGUAACAGGUAGCAAUAUUACGAGUGUCGGCCUGCUGCCUGGACCCAUCGUUGAUAGUGCAGGUGAUGUCAAGGGUAAUUUUCUGCAUUUACGCCUGCUUCCCACCACCUCAACACGGACACUCAAAUCGCCGACAUUUCACAUGACCAAAGAGACAUGCCGGCUCGAAAUGUUUGCCCAUCAAAGUGGCAAUAAAAAUGGUAAGCUACGCAUUGUCAUUGAACCGGUUAAUUCAUAUGACACAACGACGGCAUCGUCAUGGGUGCCAAUCGAGCGUAAUGGCAACGACAACAACAAAUGGACGGAAGAAAUGUUCCCAAUUGGCCGUGUAUCACAAGAGUUUCGCAUAUUGUUCGAGGUCGUGCCGAGUGGUUUACGGUCACAGCAACGAGGCCAUGUCAGCAUCGAUAAUCUCCGGAUGCGAACUUGUUUUGAGCCAAAUAAUCAAAUUACGGCCGUCAAUGGCAAGUGCCAUACAUCGGAUGUUAAGUGCACGGCAAAUAAAGUGGAAGUGUGUAUCAAUUCGCGGCAACAGUGUGACAUCAACAUCGAUUGCGAUAAUAAGGAAGAUGAAAUGGUGAAUUGCGAGAAAAUCCCAUUCGGUGGAAUGUGCGAUUUUGAAGGGAAGCAUCCAUCUGAUUGGUGCGGAUGGCAAAAUUCAGGUAAAGCGAUUAUGGUUUGGGAACGACACAGCGGCCCAACGCCAACGGAAAAAACUGGCCCAGACAACGAUCACACCUUUGAACGAUACAACAACUCAGGACACUACCUGUUCGUCAAUAUGAAUCAACAUGCCAUGAAUGACGACAAGAGAAAAUUGUCGGGCUUCGCUAGCAACGCCGUAAUUAAUAGCAUCGUUUUCAAUCCACCACCGUAUGCACAUUUAAAUACAAGUUCCAUCUACCAACACUCCUGUCUGGCACGAUUUUACGUUCAUCAAUUUGGAAAAAAUGCAGGAAGUCUCAACUUUUCCGUCGUUGAAAUUAAAGAGAAGGAAAAUGUGACGUCUACAUUGUGGUGGAGCUCGCGAGAACUGGGCGGUGAUUGGGUGCGCAUUCAAAUUGUCAUGCCGAACAUCACAUCGAGAUACUAUCUGCAGUUUGAGGCGCGAAUGGGCAUGCGAAUCUACUCUGAUGUGGCGAUCGAUGAUUUUUCAUUAAGUCCCGAAUGUUUUGGCCUGAAUAUACCGAACGAACAUUUGCAGGGAUACAAUUACUACGAUCAACGCAUAUUACAAGAUAAAACGCCGCACGAAGAUUUUGUCAAUCGAUCCAUUAUCGAGUUGUCAACGUGUAAUGUUCGCGGCAAAGAGGGUCCAUCGGUAGCAGAUUGCAACGAUGCGUACAAUAAUACCGAAGCUGGAAGUGUGAUUCAAGUAAUCGAUGAUCAAAUGUACAAAGGAGUUCAAGUGUGGAAAGUGCCAUCGGAAAAUUAUUAUACUAUAAUCGCCAAAGGAGCUGGCGGAGGAUUGGGUUCACGUGGCGUUGGUUCGUCGCGUGGUGCGUUGGCUGUGUCCGUGUUUGAAUUGCACAAGGACGAAAAGAUUCAUAUAUUGGUUGGUCAGAAGGGUGAAAGUGCGUGUAUAAAAUCAUUUAUGCACCGUGACGAUGACUGUGAAUCGAGUAAUGAGAGUACAAAUGGUGGUGGUGGCCGAUCGACGAAUACAAAUUCCAAAACCAAGCAGAUCAAAGAUAUUGUGAUCGAAGAUGGAUCGGGUGGUGGUGGUGGCGGAGCGACAUUCAUUUACCUAUUGAAUUCGGCCGAAGUGGCUGUACCGUUGCUGGUUGCAGCUGGCGGUGGUGGCUUGGGUUUUGGCCAUGCCAUGGAGGAUAAGAAUCAACAUGGCAAAGUAUACGAUAGUGCACGUGUUGAAGUCAGCGGUCAACGCCAUGGUGAAUUGAAUAUCACCGGCGGUGCAGGUGGCGGUUGGGGUGCACACAGCGAUGAUGGUCUUGAUCCGUACAACGGAGCUUCUUUGCUGGAGGGAGCUCGAGGAGGUGAAGCUUGCUAUUCAUCAAAAGAGAUCGGCAUCCAUGGACAGGGUGGUUUUGGUGGUGGCGGCGGCGGUUGCAGAACAGGAGGUGGUGGUGGUGGCUAUGCUGGAGGAUCAACGUACAAAUCAGCGAUGAAUGGUGAAGGUGGCACCUCGUACAUUGGAAUGAAGCGAAGCAUUGCCGAUCUGUCAUUUAUUUAUGCUGGUGAUAAUAUUGGUCAUGGAUCGGUGGUGAUUGUGCCGGCCUUACCUCAUCCAGCAUGCGGCUGUGAUUAUCGUUGCGUUGUUUUAGAUGAAUUCAGUGUGAAUGUGAGGUGCAUUUGUCCGGAUGGAUGGCGCUUGAAAAAGGAUAACCAAACUGCAUGUGAACCAAUUUACCGGAAUGAAAUCCCAAUGGAAUAUUUGAUAAUAUUCUUUGCUGUUGUUACGAUACUGUUAAUAGCAGCGUUGGCCGCUUUGAUUUUCAUACUAUACAAUCGAUAUCAACGAAAGAAGCAAAUUGCGAUGCGACACAAAGUCUUGCUGGAGCAAGAUUUACAGUUAAGUCGAUUGCGACAUAAUCCCGAGGAUCAGCAACAAACAAACUUUAAUCCAAACUACGGAAAUGAUUGCAUGUUGAACGGUGCGGUGGAUAUAAAGAGUUUGCCGCAUGUGACCAGAGAGAAUCUGUCGAUGCUUAAAGCGCUGGGACAGGGUGCAUUUGGCGAAGUGUUCCAAGGUACGUUCAAAUACAAAGACACCGAUAUGGUGGAGAUGCCGGUUGCCGUAAAAACCUUACCGGAAAUGUCAACCGGCCAGGCUGAGGCGGACUUUUUAAUGGAGGCCGCAAUUAUGGCAAAGUUUCGGCAUCCAAAUAUCGUGCAUUUGAUUGGUGUGUGCUUUGAUCGACAUCCACGUUUCAUUGUGCUUGAAUUGCUGGCCGGAGGUGAUCUGAAAAAUUUCUUACGUGAAGGUCGUCAUAAACCGGAGCGACCAUCUCCGUUAACCAUGAAAGAUUUGGUUCAUUGUGCGAUUGAUGUGGCCCGAGGUUGCCGAUACAUGGAGAGCAAACGAUUCAUUCAUCGUGACAUUGCCGCACGAAAUUGUUUGCUGAGCACAAAAGGCCCGGGUCGGGUGGUGAAGAUUGCCGAUUUUGGAAUGGCGCGUGAUAUUUAUCGAUCGGAUUAUUAUCGAAAAGGUGGCAAGGCAAUGCUACCGAUUAAAUGGAUGCCACCGGAGGCAUUCCUCGACGGGAUAUUCACAUCGAAAACCGAUGUCUGGUCUUUCGGGGUGCUGUUGUGGGAAGUGUUCAGCAUGGGUUUGAUGCCAUACACUGGCCUACCAAAUCGUGUAGUUAUGGAAUUAGUAACGGGCGGUGGCCGAUUGGAUUCGCCAAACGGUUGCCCAGCAUUUAUUUACAAUUUAAUGUCAUCGUGUUGGCAACUUCCCGAUGCUCGGCCCACUUUUCAACAUUUACUACAUAAACUGCUCGGCUUUGCGAGAAACGAAGAACUGAUGAAAGAACCAAUACCACAUUGCUUCGGUGAAACAGUCAGUGAACGUGAUCGAACCGUUAUGCGUCCGCCAAACGAUGAUUUCUGCCUUCAAAUGCCCAACUCAUCCGAUUAUCUGAUACCGUUGCCGGAUUCGAGAAAUAUAGCCAAACGAUUGCUCAACGAAGGCACAGGCAUCACUUUGCCCGAAACGAUGACAACAUAUUCGCCACCAAUCGAAAUGCGGGCCGUUUGUUCGUCCGACAAAAGUCCUCGCAUCGAAAAAUCGCCAAUUUCAUUUGGUGAUGUAUCGCCAUCGACACCAUUCGACAUUCGAUCAAUGCCAACACCGCCGGAAAAUGGUUCCACCACAUUUACCACAUCACCAAAUCAACAACAGCUCACUUCCAGUCUAUCAAUAUCUAGCGAUAAGCUAAUUAGUCUUGAUACACCACAGCAAACACCAACCGGAUUGACAAAUCCACCGCUUCUAUUCGAUUUAACUGCACACAAAAACCAUUUGUCCAGCGCCAUGAACGAACAAUUCAUCGAUGGCAAUGGCAAUGGCAAUGGCAAUGGCAAUGGCAACGGCCAAAUCGAUAAAAAUAAUUCAAAUAAUAAUCAUCAUUCGAGUAAUACGAGCAAUGGUCCCAUCAAUCCAAUCACAUUGGAUCCAUCGACACUGGAAUCGUAUGCAAAUGUUCAGAUGACAAACGCACAACAAGAUGCAUCAUUAACGGGCAAUACAACGAACGUGUCUGGCAAUAACAAUGACAUAGACAAAUUGAAUUCGCCAUUCACGAUUCAGGGCUAUUCGGAACGAUAUACAACAGCCAAAGAGAAUCAUUCAGAGAUUAGUUGUUGAUUUAGUCAAAAAUAGAAAGCAAAAAAAAAAUUUACAAAUCAAAAAAGAAAGAUUAAUAAUUUCGAUAAUUUAUUUAUUUUUUAAAAGAAACAAAAUGAAAAAAAAUUGUGACAAAAACAAAUAUGAAACACAGCAACAACGAAAACGUUUACAUGGUAUUGAUAUUUUUUUAAAUAAAAAAGGGAGGUAAUUGAUGACACCGAGACAGAUUUUUUACACGCAGAAACACAAAAAAAAAAAUGAUAAUUAGUAUUUAGUCCGACUAUUCUGUUUAGUUAGAAGAGAAAUUUUGUUAAUUCAUUUCAAAACAUAUGUAUGGAAAAACAAUUAUUUCUUGACAAUAUUUUCUGGAAUAAAUUCAGUUUCAAUUUCAGUUCUUCAAAAACAACAACAACAACAACAACCGAAUAAUAUGUAAACAACUCGAUUUUCCGUGGAAUCUUUGCUACAUUUUCUUCAUGCCAUUCGAAAGCAUUUCUCACGACGAUUUCUAAGCGUCAAGAAUCUAUUGAGCAUCGACAGUUUGGCGUGUUUGCAAAUCGCUUUAAAACGAUAGAAAAAAUGGAAGCAUUCAAGAAAGAAAAAACGGGCAAUAGGCGCAACCGGAGGAUUUUGGACGGAAAUCGCCAGUUCAACCGAAGGAGAAAAAAAAUACACAAAUGCUCUGCUUCCAAGCACCGAAACGAAUGUCUGCUAGAAAUGAAUCCAAUAACUAAACCUUAGACGCUAUUUAUCUUGCUAACCAAUAUUAAGAUUGUUCAAAUGAAACAAAACAGUGCUACAUUUCAUAUAGUACAAAAAAAAAUGAUCGAAAAAUACCAUUUUCACUAAAAGACACAAUUCUAUGGACUACAACACCUCAAAAAGUGUUAAAAAGGAAAAAAAGAAAUCGAAUAAAAGAAAACCCCAAUUUUAAGAUUUAGAGAAAACAUAUUUGAAUAGGGAAGGAAAAAGAGAAAAACUCAACCAAAUUCGAAAGUAAGCCAUCAACACAAGGGACAAUUUCACAAUGAAGAAUUUAUACGCAGACACGCACCCACACACACAAUCAUAAAUGAUAUGUCGAUUCGAUGGAAGAAAACCAGACACCCAACUUGGCACCACGAAAUAAUAAUGUUGAAAGCAAGUAGAUUUAAGACACAUAGAUGAUAUAACAUGAUUCGCUAAUUAAGAUUUUUUCACAAUUAAACGAAACCAUUUCAACGCAUGCAUUAGUGAGCAAGAGAAAUAAAAAACAAAGAAGAGAAAAAAGACCCAUUAUUUUACUCAAGAUUCCGCGAUGCCAAGUUUAUAAGAAAUAAAUAAAAAAAGUUUGAUCACAAAAACCCAUUUUAUACCGACCAUUUGCACAUCGAUCGAAGCAUUGUAAUACAGGACAAUAGUGCAGAAUUUUUGUUUUGCUAACCAUAUUAGAUUACAACAAGUACCAUACACACUCAUUGAAUCAGGCUGUAGACGUAACACAAAUACACCCAAAAACAUAUAGAAUAGAUCACAAAUACAUACAUCGCUUUCAAGGUGAGCAGAUAAAACGACGGAGUGAGAGAAUUUCUCGUUUUUGAGGCAUUUUUUAAUUUGAUACGCUUUUUUUCCUAUUUAGCGAAUUUCAAAAACCAACAAAAAAAAACAUAUUGAUAACAACAAAAAUGAAACCAAAUACAAGCACUCGACUGAAAUUUGAACAGUGUGUGCAUGUGUGUGCUAAGCAUCCUGUGUACAAUUUACAAAGAGUAAUACCAAAAUAUAUACAUAAAAAAAACAAACAAAUAUUAUGAUAUUAAUAUUAUUAUAAGGAAAAGCUUUAAAUCAUUGAAAUACUAAAAUUAAGCGUUGAGAAAAUGAAAACACAAAAAUGAACAAAGAAAUACACACGCAGAGAGAGCGAGGGAGAGAGAGAGAGAGAGAGAUGAUGAAGAGAGCCAUUUCAUUUGAUUUGUCUACCGGCUCAUACUUCAGUAUUAUCGUUUUAUUUUAUCAUUAAACGUCAUUUAAAGUAUUAAUUUUCUUUUUAGAUGUCUCAUUUGCAUCAUAUCGCUUUCAUGCCGCUUCAGUUUAGACAAUUUUCGUUUUAAUUUGAAAAAAUUGGUUCAAUUUCUUUUAGCUUGAAUUUUGCCGAAAAAAAGUCUCUUUAAAAAAAAAAAGAA